AUGUCUUACGCUCCUCCUUACGGUGACCCAUACGCUCGCCCUCCCUCAGAUCGUCCACCAUACGACCCCUACGGACGCCCACCUUCUGAUCCUUAUGCGCGUCCCCCUCCCCAAGAUGGAUAUGACCGUCCAGCAUACGACCGAGGCCCAUACAGUGCACCCCCGCCUCAAUCUCGUCCCCCUCCAGGCCCCCCGCCUCCUCUGCCCCACGGCUGGUCCCAGGAAUGGGAACCCAAUUGCCGUCGUGCAUUCUAUGUAGAACACGCCACUGGUCGAUCCCAGUGGGAAACACCUUACCAAGACCCCGGCUACUCUGGGUACAAUGAUGGCUCUCGCAGUGUUCCUCCUCCCGAGUCCCAGGGAUACUAUGCGCCUCCCCCUGGCCCACCCGUGGGUUACGAUGAUCGUAGCCCUGGCUACUAUCACGACGAGCAGAAGCCUGAGAAGAAGAGCAGCAAUGCUGGUGGAUACCUCGCAGCUGGCGCUGCUGGUCUGGCUGUUGGCGGUAUCGCCGGUGCUUUGAUCGCCAAUGAGAUUAACUCGGAUGAUGAAAAGUCAGACCUUGAAGAAGCUUACGAGGCGGGCCGUCGUGAUGAAGAAGAGGCUCAUGAGUCAGAUCACAGUGAGCACAGUGAUGGUGGCUGGUGA